UGUACGUACUCCAUUGGUGCGAGACGUUAUUUUGGAUCACAUUCUUCACUAUUCUCUUUCUCUCUCUUUCUCCUCCGUUCUAUUCUUGUACGUAUAUUUUAAAACAGAGACAAAUUUAGAAACAUUUGUCGCCACAUGUUCCAUUCAUCUGUUCAAAUAGCCGCCAAAUUCUUGCACGGUGUUCCGAGAAGUUUGCUAAAAAUGGGUCCGCUCGAAAAUGCGAAAAAAGCCGCGGCUUACAAAGCCGUGAACGAAUAUGUCCAGAAUGACACUGUUAUCGGGAUCGGUAGCGGAUCCACUAUAAUUUACGCUGUUGAUAGACUCGUUGAACGAGUCAAGGAAGAAGGGCUUAAAGUAGUUUGCAUUCCUACAUCAUUUCAAGCUCGUCAACUCAUAUUAAAUAAUAACCUGUUCCUAGGAGACUUGGAAACUUAUCCAAAGCUUGACUGUGCAAUUGAUGGUGCAGAUGAAGUCGACGCUGAAAUGAAUCUCAUUAAAGGUGGCGGAGGAUGUUUAUUGCAAGAAAAGGUUGUUGCUUCCUGUGCCAGGCAGUUUGUUGUAAUAGCGGACUAUACAAAAAACUCACAAAAGCUUGGAGAGCAGUACAAAAACGGAAUUCCCAUUGAAGUAGUUCCAAUGGCAUAUGUGCCAAUUCAACAUAGGAUUGAAAACAUGUUUGGAGGAACUGCAAAAGUCAGAAUGGCUCUGGCGAAAGCCGGUCCAGUGGUGACGGAUAAUGGUAAUUUUAUUCUGGACUGGCAUUUCCCUGAAGACACACACUUGGUUAAUUGGAAACAAGUCAAUGAGAGAAUUUCUCUAAUACCUGGAGUCGUGGAAACUGGUCUGUUUAUAAAUAUGGCAGAGAAAGCUUUCUUUGGCAUGCCAGAUGGCAGCGUGAAGGAACAAAGUUCAAACCGGAAGAUUUAAUGUGUAUCUCAAUGAGAGAUAUGUAUGAUGAUCUUGUAUAAGUCCAUAGGUCACAUCUUGCCAUAUGCGUUGGUGCUGUUUUGUACAAUUGGUUUUAGGUUUGAUCUGUUCUUUACUUUAUUUUACGUACAUAUCAGACUUUACGUCUGUGAUAUUUUUUUUAUUAGUUAUGUAAAUAUGUGAUUUUUUAAGACAACCAAAGACUAUGUAUUGCUUUUUAUCUUAUAGCAAUGACAGUUUUGUUAAAUAUGUAAAAAAUCUGUAAGAAAACAUAUAGUACAAAAUGGUUGUAUCUCGAAAAUAUAAGCCACUGUAAGAAUUCCAUGUUCUUAAAUCGAAGUAUCCGUAAAAUU